AUGGACGUGAAAAUUCUCGAGAAAUUACCUCAUGAAGGAUUUUACAAAUUUAGACGUGACCAACUGAACCUUGUCAGGAAAACAAGCAAUAUGGAUGACACUGAAGGAAUCAGACAAGCUAUAGAGUUGUUAAGAAAUUGGAUGCAAAAGCAGGAAUAUUUUAACAAGAAGGAUCAAUCUGAUACCUACUUAGAAAAAAAUCUAGUUGUUUCCAAAGGAUCCUUGGAACGCUCUAAAAUCCGUUUGGAGAAAAUUUGUACUCUAAGAACUAUUUGGCCGAUGCACUUUACCCUUAAGGACCUUAGUUACUUCACGGAGGAUUUUAAAACAUAUAACAGCGUACAUCUCCGUGAUGUGACCGAAGAUGGUUCCAGAGUGAGUUUGUCUAAAGUAUAUGACACCAAAACACUAACUUCCGAUCUACUUAUCCGAUUCGUCACGUAUGCAGUUAUUACCUGCGAAUACGCCAUGGCACAUGAUUAUCCGAAUGGAUUAGUAGCCAUUUUGGAUUUUCAAGACGUUAACCUGAUAGAUUUACUGGCUUUUUCUACUCGGCAUUUUACUCUUCUCCAACAGUGUUUAACAAUAUUAAAGGAAGGGUACGGCAUGCGUCUUAGAGGUCUGCAUGUGCUUACAACAUCAAAGGCAACAGACGCUCUAGUAACAUUCGCAAAGCAAUUGCUGCCCAAAAAACUUGCUGACAGGUUACACGUGCACAGAGACAUGGACACCCUGUAUAACUUCGUUCCUAAGGAAAUCUUGCCUUCUGACUUAGGCGGUGAUGCGCCGAGAUUAAGUGAAUUGCACGGUAAGAAUCAAACAGACAAAUUAGCACUGCAUAAGGGGGUAUUUUAUUCGGGCACUAUGGAAAUAAAAGCUAUUGAACAAUUGCCUACCGAUGGAUAUUUCAAAUUUAACCAAGAUCAACUUAAAAUUGUGAGAAAAACAUGUAAUAUGGAGGACCCAGGAAGGAUAAAACAAGGUGCAGAGAUAUUGAGAGAUUGGUUGCAGAAGCAGGAAUACUUCAACAAGAAGGAUUACUCUGACGCCUUCUUCGAAAAAAUGUUGGUGACCAACAAAGGAUCAGUGGAGCGCGCCAAAUCACGCUACGAGAAGCAGUGCACUUUGAAAACAAUAUGGCCGCAAUAUUUCAUCCCUACUGACCUCAAUUCAUUCAGAAACGAUUUUGAAUUAUUUCAAAGCCUACUUCUACCCGACGUGACAGAGGAGUGUUGCCGAGUGAGUUUAUCCAUAAUCAAUGAUAAUGUAACACUGACUGCUGACCUACUUAUACGCUUCACCAAAUUCAUUGUUAGUAUAUGUGAGUAUGCCAUUGCGCAUGACUACCCAAAUGGAUUUGUAAUUAUUUUGGAUCACCGGCUCAUUAAUUUACUAGAAUUAUUAGCAUUUGUUACUCGGCAUUUUACUCUGCUUCAACACAGCUUUACAAUAAUGUUGGAAGGCUACGGUAUGCGAGUGAAGGCUAUCCACGUGAUAACCCCAUCAAAAGCGGCGGAUACCUUAGUAACGUUGUUGAAACAACUGCUUACCGCCAAAAUGGCUAGUCGCAUACACUUACACAAAGACGUGGAAACAUUAUUUGCGCAUGUCCCUAAAAAGAUUUUUCCUGCUGAGUUGGGCGGUGAAUCUCCACCUUUGAUUGAAAUGCAGGAGAAUUUUCUUCAGGCGCUUUGUACAAAGGAGCACGAAGAAUGGAUGAAAGAAGCUCAAGGCGCCACAAUCAACGAGUCUAAGAAGCCACAAGACUAUUACAACAACGACGCCAUUGGCAUGCCAGGAUCGUUCAGGAGUUUGAGCGUAGAUUAAUAA